GAGUUGGUGUAGUCAAACAGUUAAUCAAACAGUUAAUGGACAGCAAAAGGAAAUUAAUUUAGUAUGUUCAGGUGCUGGUGAGUGUAAUUGUGGUGUCUGUAAGUGCAACAAUAGUUCAAUAACCGGCAAAUUCUGUGAGAUAUGUCCGCGUUGUGAGAUUCAGAAAUAUUGUAACCUAACGUUGAAAUGUGUGCCCAAAAUAUGCGAACUCUAUGGAAGUAAUUGCACCGAUAGUUGCGAUCAGAUGCAGUAUGAAUUGGUGGACAAAUUGAUCGAGGUCAACAACACCGACGGCUUAUACACAACUCUACACCAGUGCCGCAACCGUACCAUUAAUAACGAGUGCGACCUAUCGUUCACUUACGAGCGCACAGACUAUGACUAUGAGACCAAAAGGCUUCCGACGUUUAAGAUAACAAAAUUAGAUAAGAGUUGCGCCGAAAAAGUGAAUUUAGUGGUCGUGUCGUCCAGUGUUUUCAUCGGAAUA